AAUGAUUUGAUAGAAGUAUAUAAGAUAAAAGAAUGUUUGGUGUUGAACCGGCCAGCUUAUGUUGGAAUGUGUAUUUUGGACUUGAGCAAGACUCUGAUGUAUGACUUUCACUACAACUACAUCAAGAAGAAAUAUGGGUCUAGAGCCAAGCUGGGAUUUACAGACAGAGAUUCGCUCCGUUAUGAAAUUACAACAAAGAAUGCAUACAAAGACUUUCGGGCAGACAAAGACAAGUUUGGCAACUCAGAUUACCCCAAAGAAAGCCCAUUUCACGAUCCAGCCAAGAAAGUAAUCGGUAAAUUCAAAGAUGAGGCGGCCGGCAUGCCAAUCAGANAGAAUGUUUGGUGUUGAACCGGCCAGCUUAUGUUGGAAUGUGUAUUUUGGACUUGAGCAAGACUCUGAUGUAUGACUUUCACUACAACUACAUCAAGAAGAAAUAUGGGUCUAGAGCCAAGCUGGGAUUUACAGACAGAGAUUCGCUCCGUUAUGAAAUUACAACAAAGAAUGCAUACAAAGACUUUCGGGCAGACAAAGACAAGUUUGGCAACUCAGAUUACCCCAAAGAAAGCCCAUUUCACGAUCCAGCCAAGAAAGUAAUCGGUAAAUUCAAAGAUGAGGCGGCCGGCAUGCCAAUCAGAGAAUUUAUCGGGUUGAAAAGUAAAAUGUACAGUUACGUUAAAGACAACGGUAAGAAUGAAAAGACAUGUAAAGGAGUCAAAAAGGAUGUCAUAAAGAAGAGCAUCACACAUGAGAACUACAGAGAUACUCUA